UAGUAUAUUUUAGUGGUGCAAAAGAUUGUAACCGCAAGUAGAGUAGGUGAGAUAUUUAAACUCAAUACUGGUCUAAUUGUUGGAGUAUACUCCAGCAAACACUGUUUUCGGGCUCACUGCAGAAUCGUCGGGGCCAAAAACUUCUAGUGCACAGACUAACGUGGGACAAGACCUCUAAGCCUGCCUCGGCCAUUCGUCAGUGCGCCCGAAAUCAUUGCUAGCUGGGUACUGUACAGUGCUACGUAGGAUUAUUUAUCCGGUUGAUAUUUUGUUAGAUUUAACGCAUACAUUCCUGUAUAAUUGUGUUGUAUGCACUUGGAGAAUUUCAUUAAUAGUACAACGGCGACUACUGUUGAUAGUGGGUUUCAGUAGCCAAAAAAUAGGAAUCAGAGCACAUUCCGUCUUCGGCUUUCAGACAAGCAACUUUUCGCUUGUUGCCCUAAGGUGUUGAUGUUGCCUAUAGAGUGUCGAUGACAAUAGUUAGCGUUAAUAAACAGCUGUCUGCACAGAGUAUGUCUUAACCACACACUUUUUGCGUUUGUAUGUAUGUGCUUUUUUGGAAUAAGAACUUAUUGUUACACAAAAUAUGCCAAAGCUAUAGGGAUUUAUCCACUUCUAUAUGGCGUUGCAGUGAGUAUUUGGGUUACUUUGCAUUUCAAAAAUGAAUAGCAUUCCAGUAGCUCUUGCUCUUUGCUUAACUGUGGGUUAAGAAUAACUGUUUAGUUAUGGUGUAAAACAUUUUAGUUAAAUUACAUUUUAAUCCUUUUAGCAACUGAGCCGUCUGUGGUUCGGCAUAGUCUACUGAUUUUAAGUCUCAAGGCUGAAGUACUUGUAAAAUGUUGACCUCCGGAAUUCUUUUAACAAGAGUUCUUAGAUUUGCUCUCUUUAUUAUUGUAGCGGCACUCACAUUUAUUAUGAACCCGAAAGUCUUUAGCUUUUGUGAAGUUCUCAUUUGAAGCCAUCACUCUGCAAAAAGUCUGUCAGCAGUCAGUUGCUUUCCAACUAAGAAUAUGAGACUCUUAAGACACAAGCAGAUGCUGGAUAUUAUUCAUGGGGAGAAUGUCAAUAUUGAAGAGCUUAAGAAGCUGUCUAUUGACGGUUGUCCUGACUCAGAUGGUACUCGUUCCAGAGUGUGGAAAUUUCUUUUGAAUUACCUCCCGUGUAGUGCCGCCAAACGUGAAGAACGGAUUGCCUUCAAUCGACGGCAGUAUGAAGGUUACGUAAAAGAGUUCGUAUUUGAAUCAUGUGCAGCAAACUCUACACCUGCCGAUCAUCCACUGAAUUUGGAGCCUGAUGGAAGCUGGAUUACAUUUUUCAGAGAUAACGAAGUUCUACUGCAAAUAAACAAAGAUUGCCAGCGACUGUGUCCGGAUUUCGAUUUUUUCCGACGCCCUACAGAAUUUUCAUGUUCAUCGUUGUUUGGAGAUGUUCCUAUUGGAGUAUUACGCAGAAGAGGUGAAAAUAGUGCUCUCCAGUCUCAAUCAUUAAAUAAAAAUCUUGUUGGUGCGAUGAAUAUGAUUCAUACGUCCACUUUUGGUCCUUAUCAAUCGAGUUAUCGACUGUCCUCAGGACUUGCAACUAACCUACAAAGGAGUAAAGGAAGUCGAAAAAAUGAAUGCAGUGUAACAUCGCCACAUGAAGAACCACACUGGGAGGUGAUAGAAAGAAUCCUGUAUAUCUAUUAUAAGACUCAUGUGUCUCAGGGUUAUGUUCAGGGGAUGAACGAAAUUAUUGCUCCAAUUUACUACGUCUUUGCCACUGACCCAGAUGAGUCUUGGAGAAGGUAUGCUGAAAUGGACACGUUUUACUGUUUUAACAACCUAAUGACAGAAAUUCAUCCUAACUUUAUAAGAAAACUGGAUGGUAGUCGUGAGGCGGGACUAGGUGGACAAAUGAAAAUCUUGUCAAAUCUGUUGUCUAGAUAUGAUAGCCAUUUAUCGAAGCAUUUUGCACAAAUUGACCUCGUACCAGAACACUUUGCAUUUCGAUGGUUGAGUUUACUUUUGGCACGAGAAUUUAUGCUUCCAGAUGUGCUUCUUCUGUGGGAUGCACUCUUCUCAGAUCAACACCGGUUCGAUUUACUUCCAUAUGUUUGUUGUUCAAUGUUAAUUAAUGUCCGUGAUCAGCUAUUGAAAGCCGAUUUUCCUGUAGCUGUACAACUUGUACAAAAUUAUCCUUCAAAUAUUGACGUAAGGCAUAUUUUGUUGAAAGCAAGAACAUUUUAUGCAGAACGUUAGAUUGAGAGUUGGUUUUCUGUUUAUACAGUUAACUGAUAUUUGCAGUGUACACUCUCCUGUGACCUAUUUGUGUGUGUGUGUGUGGUGCAUUUUGAAAAGGUAAGGAAGUGCAUUUCAUAUGUAAUUCAUUAAAAUUUGGAUCACCUAUCCACUUUUAUUGAACUGAUAUUAAGCUUACCUCAAUUUAAUGAAUAAUCUCACGUGUUAUGUUACUACUAAUUUACAAUAGAUAAUAAUUCAAUCCGCUUUCCUUCCCUUUUCUUUUUCUUUUUGAAAUCAUCUGUAAUACUUAUUGAGAAUCACUUAAUUAUUUGUUUAUAUAUUUUUAUAUAUAUUUUAUUUAUAUAUUUUUUCAAUUGUAAUUAAUUUUUGUAAUGAUUUGUCCUUGUUGUCUUUCUAAUCAAAAUCCCCCCUUUGUCAAGUUUACCAUCGCUUUUUCAGUUUAUGAUUUCUCUUUUCCUGGUACAAAUGUUGAAAUAUUAACUAGUUGUACAGAUUUAUUCUUAUAAAUUUAAGUAAGUACCUGUCCUUCUUAUUUUCGAUAAUUUUUCAUCAUAUGGUUAUAUUUUGCAGUGAUGUAAGUUGAAUCCUCAUUUUCUUCAAUAGGCAACAUUUGUAAUUCUCUAAAAUAAAUUGUUUUAUCAAUAUGAUACAGUUGGAUUUCAAAAGCUUGUUUAGCGAGGCAUAGACACCUCAUUUUCAUACUGGAAAUAGGAGUAGGAAUUUCGGAGGAUAGAACACCCUUAAUUUAAAAUGUAUAAUUGUAACUGCUUGUCUAAACGUCACAAAAUAUACUAUUGACAAGAAAACAGUCAUAUUGACUACUAACAUUUAGCUGGGACUAUAUUUUACAGUUGUCAUCAUCAAUCCAGUGAAUUUAAAGUUAAACUGUCCUUGUUUGCAGUGUUGACAGAGUGUGCGAAAAGCAUGAUAUACAUUCUAGAUAACUAUGGUAACAAUUCAUUAGGGCUUAUCGUUCGAGUAAAGCAUUCUGAAAACUAACCACAUAUAUUUAUCUAUUUGUAGUGAGAAACAACUGUGUGCUCCCAGUAAAUGAUGCGGUUCUUACUUUUAUAAUAUUAUAGUUUUUCCUGAAUAGAUUAAAAAUGGGUGUAGUAAUCAAUAGAAACGGUUCAGUUAUAAGUUUGUUCCUUGGGUGGCAAUCAUGACGUAAUACUGUUGUUCCUAAGUGUAUUCAGAAAGGCUAAUCAAAUCUACUGAGAGUUUUUUCUGUUUUCAUCAGUGUAAACUAUUGGAUAGCUAAUUUGUGUAUCAAAAAACCAAUUUCUUUUUAUAUAGCUGCCAUAGUGUUAGGUUCAAUCUUUGUAUCAGCAUCAACGGACUGACUGGCGACGAAAUAUCAGCACGGAUCCAAAAAGCUCGAGCUGCUUUCGCUGACUUACACCAUCUCUGGCGUAGACGUGACAUCCGGCUAUCAACCAAGGGACGUGUGUACUGCUCAGCAGUUCGCUCCGUCCUUCUCUAUGGCUCUGAAACAUGGCCAAUACGAGUUGAAGACAUGAAAAGGUUGACUGUUUUUGAUCAUAGAUGUCUGCGAUCUCUUUCUUACGUUAGGUGGUUUAAUGAGGUAAGUAAUGUUGACGUUAGGC